AUGUUGGUUUCACGUCAUCCAGUUCUUGAAAAUCUAGGCCACAUCAAAACAUGCAAACCCACAUCGUCGUCGUUGAAUAACAUUUUCACCGGGAAUAUUCCCGUUGUAGACCUUUCAGACCACACGGUCGCUAAAACCCUAAUAGUUAAUGCCUGCAAAGAAUUCGGUUUCUUCAAAGUGAUCAACCACGGCAUUUCCAUGGAUUUGUCGAACAAAUUAGAAGCCGAAUCCGUCAAGUUUUUCAAAUUACCCAAACAAGAAAAGGAAAAAUCGGGCCCUCCUAACCCUUUCGGCUACGGUAACAGGAAUAUCGGGCCCAGCGGUGAUACGGGCUUGGUAGAAUAUCUUCUCAUGUGCGCCAACCCUUGCAAUAAUCAACUUCAUUCACGGAAUAGCGCAAAUGCCAUUGUCGUUCCAGGAAUUCAAGAAUCUUUACACUACUGGAGCGUGGUGAAUGAGUACGUGUUAGCAGUCAGAAACGUGGCAUGCGAAGUUUUAGAAAUGAUAGCCGAAGAAUUACAUCUUCAGGCACGGGAUACUUUGAGUAGUCUGAUCAGAGAUGAAAAAAGUGAUUCUUGUUUCAGGCUUAACUACUAUCCACCAUGCCCGGGUCUUCGAGCAUUGAGUAAUGCUCAAAGUUUGAUAGGUUUUGGAGAACACACGGACCCACAAAUUAUAUCUGUUUUAAGGUCAAACGAAGUAUCAGGCUUUCAAAUUUGUCUGAAAGACGGAGCAUGGGUCUCAAUACCACCUGAUCCCACAUCGUUUUUCCUCAAUGUUGGUGAUUCUUUGCAGGUAAUGACAAAUGGAAGGUUCAAGAGUGUAAGGCACAGAGUGUUGGCCGCAGAUACUUUGAAAUCGAGGGUGUCGAUGAUCUACUUUGGAGGGCCGCCUUUGAAUGAAAAGAUAACACCCUUAAGUUCAGUAAUGGAAGAAGGUGAAGAAAGUUUGUACAAGGAAUACACAUGGUCUGACUACAAGAACUCUGCUUAUAAGACAAAAUUAGGUGACGAUAGGCUGACGAAUUUUCAGAAACCUUUCGCCCAAUAGUCAUUUAGCGAGGUCGUGAGAUUUCCGUCACUAUUUUUGAGAAUUAU